AUGGCUUGCCAAAAUCACAUAUUUCAUAUAUACGAAACAUUAAGGAAGGACUACCUCUCUCCCUCUUCAAUUAUGAUGAUCAUGAGAUUGUAUGGUAUUUAUGAAGCUGCAGGGAAUGGCAAGUUCUGUCCUGAAUCAAAUGCAUGGUCACAUGAUAGCAAGGGCAAAACAAGCUAUCCUGCCCAGGUUGCAAUGCGGGUAAGGGUGUGGUGUUUCCCGCUAGCAGAGAAUCAGUUCAGAAAUGCUAUUAUAGCCAAUUACUAUCAGAACACACCUGGUGUCCCUGGCCAGAAGCUCCAUUUUUUCAAGUUUGAAUUGGAUCAUGCUCAAACAUGUGUUUUGAUGGAUUUGUUUACUCCUCCUCCUUCUCCCCCCAACAAUUUCUGGAUGCCCCCUGCCGCAGUACCAGCUGAUGAUCAUGGGAGAGAAUUAGUGCUGUCACCUGGAUGGGCAACAGAGUGUGAGGGGAACAAUAAUCUCAAAUCAGAAAAGGUUGUAAAGUCAUAUGCUGACAUAGUGAAGAAGAAUAAAUUUGAGGAAGUUGGGACAAGAGAUGUGGAUGUGGAACAUGCAAGCUCAGGUGUUACAAGGCGCAUGACUUUUCCUGGUCAGCAGUGGCGUUCUGAUUUUUAUGCCAAUACUACUGAAACUGAAGAUAAUGAUGCAUAUAGCUGCAAGUAUGCCCAAGAGGUCAAAUGUGCAAUUCUGGAUGGGAACUCUAAUUUGCCAGAAACCUUAGAUUCUGAAGUUGAUAAGCUGUCCUUGGGGCAUUCUAAUUUGCUGGUGCAGUUAUUGGACUCUCAAUCAUGCACAGAAGCCAAGCUGAUUGAUGUAGUUAGAGAGUUAUCUGGACGAAUAGAGGUGAUGGAGAAGAAGCAGGCUUGGUCCAACAAAGAAGUCAAACAUUUACAAGGGGUGAAUGAGAGGUUACUGAAAAGAAUUGUUGAACUAAAGGGAACAGUUAAGACAUUGAAUUCUAAAAUAGAUCCUUUGACCCUAGACGAUUCACUUAACCAGUUUGUAGAACAAUGUUUGGGUUCAGAAGAUGUCAUUUAUCUAGUUGGUGGUUUUGAUGGCUUCUCAUUUGUGCCAUCGCUAGACUCUUUUUCCCCUUCAUUGGACGUACUAACACCCCUCAAACCAAUGGCUGUUGGCAAGUCAUAUACAUCAACUGUUGCACUAGAGGGCAAGAUAUUUGUUCUUGGUGGUGGUGAUGGUGCUUGCUGGUUUGAUACAGUUGACUGUUAUGACCGAAGCCGUGAUGAUUGGUCCACAUGCCCAUCGUUGAAUCGUGACAAGGGGAGCCUUGCUGGGGUUAGUGUCAAUGGGAGAAUAUAUGUAUUUGGUGGUGGAGAUGGAACUGAGUGUUUCUCUGAUGUUGAGAUGUUUGAUCCUACUCAUGGAAAGUGGAUAAAGAAUCAACCUAUGCUGGAAAAGCGCUUUGCUCUAGCUGGUGUAGCACUAAAUGGUGUGAUUUAUGCUGUUGGUGGCUUCAAUGGUGUCGAAUAUCUGAGAUUCUCGAUUGGUGGAUACGACACUGGGGCUAAAGCAAUGGUGGCUACUGUUGAGGUGUAUGAGCCAAGGAUGCCGUCAUGGAUGAUGGUUGAACCCAUGAACUACACCAGAGGAUACCAUUCUUCAGCUGUGCUCGGUGGCUCAAUAUUCACCUUUGGUGGGGUGAAAGGUGAAGCAGAUACAAUCUUGGAUGUGGUGGAACGCUACAAGGAAGGGUGUGGUUGGGUGACUACAGGGUUGAAGUCGAUUGGCAAGAGAUGCUACUGCUCAGCAAUUGUUCUCUGA